CGGCAGCUGGCGGAUGGCGAACGUGCGGGUGGCCGUUCGCGUGCGGCCACUUAGCAAGAGAGAGAUUGCAAAUGGGGGAAGAAUCAUUAUAGAAAUUGAUGACAGAGUGGCCAAAAUAAAGAAUUUAAAGGUGGACAGCCGGCCAGAUGGCCCUGGAGGCUCAAGGGAGAAAGUUGUGGCCUUUGGCUUUGAUUACUGCUACUGGUCAGUCAACCCAGAGGACCCCCAGUAUGCAUCCCAGGAUGUGGUGUUCCAGGAUCUGGGGAUGGAGGUGCUCUCGGGAGCAGCCAAAGGCUACAACAUUUGCCUCUUUGCUUAUGGGCAGACAGGCUCGGGAAAGACAUACACGAUGAUAGGGACCCCAGCCUCCUUAGGGCUAACACCACGGAUAUGUGAGGGCCUAUUCUCAAAAGAGGAUGACUAUUCCAACUUGCCUUCAUCCUGCAGAAUAAGAGUAAGUUUCCUAGAAAUCUACAAUGAGAGGGUGCGGGAUCUGCUGAAACAGUCAGAUCAGAAAAAGCCCUACACCCUGCGGGUCAGGGAACACCCAGAGACAGGCCCUUAUGUACAAGGUUUAUCUCAGCAUGUGGUUACCAACUCUAAGCAGAUAAUUAGUCUCUUGGAAGAAGGUGUAGCAAACAGAAUCACAGCAGCUACCCAUGUUCAUGAAGCCAGCAGCAGAUCCCAUGUCAUAUUCACCAUCUACUAUACACAGGCUGUCCUGGAGAACAACCUGUCUUCUGAAAUUGCCAGCAAAAUCAACCUGGUGGAUCUGGCAGGCAGUGAAAGGGCGGACCCCACCUAUUGUAAGGACCGGAUCACUGAAGGUGCCAGCAUCAACAAAUCCCUCGUGACUCUGGGCAUUGUCAUCUCCACCUUAGCACAAAACUCUCAGGUGUUCAUCGGUUACCAGAGCCCGAACAGCACAUCCAGUGAGGGUGGAGACAGUGGGAGCCUCAGCUCUCCCUUGGUGGCUGGCAGUAUUGGUGGAGUCCCUCGAAAGCAGUCAUACAUCCCCUAUCGGGACUCUGUGCUGACCUGGCUGCUGAAAGAUAGUCUAGGAGGCAAUUCCAAGACCAUCAUGGUGGCCACUGUGUCUCCUGCAAACUCCAGUUACAGUGAGACCAUGAGCACACUGAGAUAUGCAUCCAGUGCCAAAAACAUCAUAAACAAACCGCGUGUGAAUGAGGAUGCAAAUGUAAAACUAAUCAGAGAACUUCGGGAAGAAAUUGAAAGGUUGAAAGGCAUGCUCCUGAGCUUUGAACUGGGGAACUUGAGUCCCUUCACAGAUGGAAGGAAUGGAAACCUGAAGGAGCUGGUUCUCCAUAAUGAGAUGAAGAGAGACCAACUCUCCAAAGACUGGACCCAGAAGUGGAAAGACUGGAAGGCUCUCAUGGAGCAGUAUAACGUUGACAUCAACAAGAAGAAAGCCGGGGUGACGAUUGAUUCCAACCUGCCACACCUGAUGGUCCUGGAUGAUGAUGUGCUGAGCACUGGGGUUGUGCUGUAUCACCUCAGGGAAGGGACAACAAAAAUAGGAAGGAUUGACUCUGACCAAGAGCAGGAUAUAGUCCUUCAGGGUCAGUGGAUAGAAAGAGAUCACUGUACCAUCACCAGUGCAUGUGGUGUGGUCACCCUUCAGCCUGCCCUGGGAGCCCGCUGCAUUGUCAAUGGCCAGGAGGUCACUGAUUCCUGUCGCUUGACACAAGGAGCUAUUAUUAUUCUGGGGGAAACACAGAAAUUCCGUUUCAUUCACCCCGCAGAGGCUGCUGCGCUAAGGCAGAAGAGAUUGGUAGGAGAGGUCUCUGUUGAGAACAGCGGUUGCUCUCUGGAGUGGUUGGAUUUGGAUGGUGGCAUCGCUGCCCCGCAAUUGGGGGUUUCCUCUGUGCUUGAGGAGGACAGCCCUUUCCGUGACAGGAGAGUAUGGGAUGUUGUUCCUGAAGCACACUACCAGAAGCAGCUGGAGCAAGCAGUGUCCCACAGGAUGCAGAUUCGCCAACAGAAACGCCUUGUCGAGGAUUUAAAGCAAGAUAUCCUAGUUGAGCAGCUAAGAGCUGAGCAGGAACUGAAGUUUGACCAGGCCCUCAUCAACCAGCAGAUCAAAGACAACCAGCGAUGGCUGCUCAGAGAGGAAAGCCGAUUGGCCAGCCUGCAGCAGCAGCGACAACAGGAUGGUGUCUUGGCUGAGACAGACCCUGAGGUCUCCCAUGAAGCUGAACCACAGACUGGGCCAAAGACCUCCUCAGCGUCGCUAGAUGGGGGCCGUGAACAGCUGGCCCAGCUGCAGGUCCUCUGGAGGAAUGCCCUCUGGGCCGCAGAGCGUAAAGUCAGGCGCAAGAAAGUCAAGUUUCAGUUGGAAAGGAUCGUCAAAAAGCAGAAACUCCUGGAAGCCCAGAGAAGGCUUGAACAGCUUGAAACCCUGUGCUGGGAAGACAACCCAAGCCAGCCUGGGGAAUUGGACCUGGGUGUGGAUGCCACCUUUCCAGCUUUUCAAAAAAAGAGCAGAUCUUCCUACAGCAGCAGUUCCUUGGGGAACCAGAGAGUCUGCGGCCUCUCUCUGUCCCCCUCACAAAGUGUUCUGAAGUGUGAAAUUCCUGCCAAGUUAUCAGCUGAGACUGUUCACUACACACCAGAGAAACCUCACUCAGAGGAACGUCUACUUCAAGCUUCUGUUCCUGGAGGAAGUACAAUUCUGUCGAAUGGCUCUUGCCCCCCAAACCCGUGUCAGGUCUGUGAGGGGAGGAGAGCAUCUUUUGGGGAAGAUAGCUCAACCCAAAGGACUAGUCCCACCAUGAGCCCCAAGAUUGCUUCUGCCACAGACCGGAAGAGUCAGGAAAUGGGCAGGAACAAGCAGCUGGUGCGUCUACAUCGAAACCUGGUCUCUGUAGGCCGAUCAUCAGAGCACCUCAGAUCGAGGGAGAAGCCUGAUUCCCUCAUCCCCAGGCCCCGAACAGGUAGGGAAAAGCCAUCUGGAAGCCACGGUCCAGCACGGCGGAGGUGGCGAAGAGAAGGGGAGUUCCUGACAAACCGGGCCUCCCGAGGGAAUGGCAGCAGCUCCCCACACGCCCAGGGAACCAAGCGAUCGGUCAUACGUGGAAAGGUUCAAAUGACUCGCCUGCGUCAGGCUGCUUGGGCCAUAGAACAGUGGGAGCCCAGUGCGGCAUCAUUAGCUAGAGCCUCAGCAUGGCCAUGGGGGCGUCUUUCUGAUGUGAAAGACAGGGACAAAAGGUUCCUUCAGAACCCUGGGAAGACAGAGUGUGAUAGAGGGACCUGUCGUGAUAGAGAAGGCAACAAUGGCCCACGGGCCUCCUUCAGCCCACUGGGAGCCUGGCUGCAGGAAACCGAGAAUGAUUUUUCAGAUACCGACAGUACCUACUCUCUGGAUUCUCUCUCCUGUGCCUGUACCAGGACCCUGAUCAAACCACCAAAGCCAGAGGCCCCUGAGCCAAAGCCACACUGCACAGUGCCUGAGAACUCAGAAAGUGAUGACAGCCAGAUGUCUCAGGAUUCACUGGUGGAAAAAAGGAACAGAACGCAGAGAAGGCUUUUGCCCUCUUCUCCCUCACCACAAGCCUCCGAGAGAAGGGAGGCUAGUCCAGUGGCUUCUCCUAAAGCCUCUUUGCUUACUGCUGGCAGUGGACUGCCCUGGAAAAAGGUGAGGACCUUUUCUCUGGAUAGCCUGAACAAUGAGGAGGAGACCUGUAGGGAAGACUUUAAGGAAGAGUCCACUUCUCACUCAUCAGAAGAGAUGCCUGUGGAGGUCUUUUGGCAAAUGAAGAGCUCCCCGUCCUUCCCAGUAUGCCAGGAGAAGGUACUUGAGUUCCAGACCUCAGACCAAGGAUCAGUUGCAGUAGGGCCUGAUGUGACUCUGCAGCCAAGUGGUUCUUUUUAUCUGGCUCUCCAGCCCAAGACAGAAGGAGAUGAAUGCAAACCCCUCCAACAGACACAGCACCCGAGAAACAACUCAUUGGCUUCUGUGGAAUCUUGGUUCUCCUGUGAUUCAGGGAGCAAUCCAAAAGACUCUCAAGAAGUCAAAAUGUACUCACAGAUGAAUCUUGAGAUCCAGGAACCAGAGGUCCAAGCCAUGGAGAAGCCCAAGGCUGCGGUCGAAGCGGAAGGAUUACAACAGCCUCACCCUGAGGUCGCCACUGGGAUAUACAGUUUCAGUCACCUCCAAGGCUCAGCCUUGGUCCCCGACAGUACCAACGAAGUGAGCAUGGAACCAUCUUUGGUUGUAUCUUCAGAGGCUACAUGGAGAUCCCAAGGACCUUGCAAGUCUGGAUCAGAUGUGACUGUCUCACAGGAGUCAUUUCUUAAGGAGGGAAGAGGCCUACCCAACCAGGCUGGGUACAGUAACCCUGUGCCUUCAGAUGGCACUCUUACCUCCAUCAGGUCAGCUGCCCCUGCAUCUUUGUUGUCUCACAAAGGCAGCACCCUUAGAAAGGGCAGGCCUGUUGUUGAAUAUCUGUGUGAGUUUUCUCAGUCUUCCCGGGGGGCCACAGUGAAAAGCACACAAGUUUCUAGUUCCUCUCUGAAGGACACAAGUUACCUGCCCUUUACAUCUGGCAAAAGAUGGGAUUCUUUCUUCCCUGCGUGUCCCAAGAUGCCUGGUGAUUUUGAUUUCAAUGAUCCUUCCUUCUCUUUGCCAUCCACGAGGCAUCUGACAACAGAGCAAGAACAAAAUGGUGGGAGCUUUGAGUUGGACGACCUCUCAGCUUUCUUUAGAACUAUUGAAAAAGAUGCUCAUCAGAGCUGUUCCUCAACAGACUUAGAAGCAGGAGAUUCAGGGUUAGAAAGUGCUUGGGUCUUUGCAGCAGAAAACAAGGUUUCAGCUUCCAUGACAGAGGUGCAUCAGGCACAUCAGGGCAGCUCAAAGCAGCCACAGCCUCUGGUCUGUAGAAGAGCAGGGUCAGCAGUUUCCUUUGAUGAGAGCUUUUUCCUGAGGGACAUAUCCAACAGUAGCAGCCCCAUGAUUGCUAAGGAAUAUCAGGGUUCUCCAACCUGGUCCCAGCAAGAGGAGAAUCCACCCAGCAAACUGGUUCCAUUAAAGCUUGAUGGCACUCUUUCCCAGCCGGUGAUGAAGUCAGAGCUCCUGCAGAGUGCUAAUGAAGGAAUCGACAGAGAAAGGAGUUUUUCUUUGGCCUUGCCUACUGACUCUGAGUCAUUCCCACCUUGGGAUCCUUUCCCAUCCCCUGAGCAGCUCCAUCCCUUGGAAACAUUUUAUGUGUUAGAAAGUAGAGAUGCCUUGACAGAAACGGCCCUGGAGAUCCCUGCGUGCCGAGACUGGGAGGAGGAUAUGCCACCCACUAACACAGUAGAGAGUUUGAACCACACCUUUCAGUUUCUCAGAAAUCUGGACAGUAACCUGCUGCUUUUAUUACAUACCCCAAAUCCCAAGGAUCCUUCAUCUCAGCAAGUCGUGGCAGAGAGGUCCUUCAGCCCAGGUACCAGGAAAGACCUGAGUGGAACUGGGGUCCCCCGAAGUAUGGAAAAGUACAACAAUCCCAUCUCUUUCUCUUCUGCUCAGAAUAGACUGUUGCUGGAGAGCGUUAGCAUGGCAGCAUGUCAGUUAGGAAAACCAGCCAGGAUUUUAAAUAACAAAUACCCACAGUCCUCACUGAAGAUAAAGGAAAAAGCCCCAGCUCAGCCCUCUUGGCGUGUUCCAUUUAAUCAUUCUGGGGCAAUGAUGCAUCUCCCAGUUAUCUCUAGCAUUGGAGGAGAUCAUGAACACAGGCAGAGUGAAAAUGAUGUCCUAGGGAAGCAGGCAGGCUACCUCCAAGGGAUCAGUGCAACUGAUUUUGAAAGGCAGAUCCAUUCUGGACCCAAUUCCAACUUCAUUUACAAAACAGAGAGCUCGAACCAAACUCAAUAUAGAGUCGAUAUGCAGCAGAAUGUUUUGGUUCCUAAAAAGCGCAACUCAGCAAGUCACUCUAGGUGUACGAGUCCAGUGGUAAUAGUCAAGGAUGAAACCUCAUCCCACCCAAGGGAAGGAACUGAAUCUGUUUCUCUUGGAAUGGUUUUGCAUGCUGAGGAUGGCUCAGAAGGACUGAUGCCUCAUAGAGAAGACCACUCUUAUGGAAAAGACUCUGCUUUAAACCUUCUGCCAGCUGUAUCCUUCAAGGAAGAAGGCCCUGUUGCAAGCAAGGAACCUGAGAGCUUAAUGGUGAUGCCCAAUUCCCAAGGAGAAAUAUCUCGAAGAAGAAAUCAGAUUUCUUCUGAGGGUAAAAUUGUUAAUCGUUCUGAAGAAAUGGCCAGGCUAAUUAGCAGUGUAUCAGAGCUGGAAAGCAGCAUCUUGGAAAUAGAUUCCAGGCAAAAAUAUUCCCCUCGUGCCUUGUAUAUGGCAGAAGCCUAUAGGAGAGCUAUGUGGAGGGAUAGGAAGGAGCAAGUAAAGGCCCCUCUCACUCUGAGACCAGAUGACUUCAGAGACAGCCUCUCUUACAGAGAUCAGCCCCUUUCUUCAAAGAAGGUACAGGAGGAGGAGGAAGUCCCAAGUAGCGUGGAAGCCAGAGGAAUCAAGGAGGUCAACAGUUGUAUUCAGAAGAGUCAUCAGAUCCAGAAAAUCACUCCAAACCUUACCAGACCCACUGAAUUCAUUGAAGAAAACAAAACUGAAAGAGAACAUACUCUCUUACCUAUACCUAAACUGUCAGUCAAGUGCCCUAGUGAUUAUUUGUUCUUAAAGUUUUCACAAAGAUGUACUGCUCAGAAAAAACCUGCUAAUGGUCCAGAAAGUCCAGAGAUAGCGGAGCCAUUGGCCAAAAUUAAGCUGUUGAGACCCGAGGAAGAAAGGUCUGAGGGAAGCUGCAGUAAGCAAUCUGCUUCAGAACUGAACCCCCAAAGUCAUGCCACUGUGAGGACAGGAAGUUUUCUGGAAUUAGAGCCCAAGGUCAGUUUCCGGGAAAGUCAGGCUGUUGAAAACCUAACCAGGACCAUGAUAACGGCUAAGUGCAAAGAACCAGUGGUCCAUGACAUAGAUCAAGAAACAAAUGCCUUGUGGGGAAAGAGCCUGCAAACAGAAACCCAUCCAGCUCCAUUGGCUCAAGACUUACCCGACGUAAGCCAAAUCAUGUGUACAGGCAGAUAUCGCACUCAGGAGAAAGUGUCUCCCUUACCAAGUCAAGAAGGCUGCCCAGUGGCUGCCACUCAGGAAGGAACAGGCAACAUCCUUUCCUCUGGUCCGCCAAAGCUGUCAGAAAAGUAUUUCAGGUCGAUGAUGAAGGCAGUGAGCCUUUCUUCCACUGACUCUGAGUCAGAACUGGAGUUUCUGAAAACACAAGGCCCUGCCCUCUCAGAAGACAGAGUAGAACAGCAAAAAAACUACGGAGAAGCAAGAAACCACGGCUGUCUUAGAAGUGUUAGCUGCAAAAAGUCCUUUGUAGAGCAGUCAGUUUGUCAGAAUUUUCGUUUGAGAAUGGCGUCUGGCCUCUGUUAUCAGCCUGAUGGUGGUGGGAGCCCUAGUGAGCCCUCAAGUGACAGCUGCUCUGAGGAAGAGGGGAAAGCAUCAGCUACCGCUGUGCUCCUAGAACAGCAGGGAGGGGACACCAGAAUCACCCCUACAGAUUUGAACCUAGGAAAUGCAUCUCUCACUGAGGCAGAGGUGACUUUGUUAAGAAACGUGAAAAGAGCUGAUUCACUUAACCGAUAUCUACUGGAGAAAAGGGCCAGUCACCCGCAGGCAGACAGCGAACUCCAAGCACCUCAGGCCCUAGAGAAAAAGCUGUGGAGGACAGAAAAGGUUGCCAUGGAUCUCAGUAUCACCAGCACCUCUUUGUCAGCAAGUAUUGAGGGAAAAUUGGCUUCCUCAUCAGGGCUUUGGGGGGCUUCUGCCACCCCAUCCAUGAAUGCAGAAGCACAUGUAGAGACCAUAGUGGAGGACACUAAGCCAUCAGAGGAAUGUGGGAAGUCUUCAAAGGACAGCACCAAUGAGCAGAUUAUUGUGCCAAAACUGACCAGGGUCUCACCAGGGCUUUGGGGGACCUCUGCCAACUCAUCCAUGUCUCCAGAAGUGAAUGUAGAGACCACAGUGGAGGACACUGGACUGUCAGAGGAGUGUGGGAAGUCUUCAAAAGACAGCACCAAUGGGCAGAUUAUUGUGCCUUACAGUGAAACUCAACCAAAGCCUGAGGCUUUUUCUGGGACUCCUAAGCAGUCUCACUACAACCAAAGAGACCAGCUGGAAUUAGGUAGGACUCAGGAGGAAGAUGAGUCACAAGUAUGUCUUGUGCAAAAUAAAGCCACAAGAGGGCAUAUCCAGGAGGCAGCUCCAGGUACUGCAUCAGGAAAGCAUCCUGGUAAGAAUAAGCCUCUGGCAAAGCUGUAUGUGGCAGAUGGUCCCCAGUUAAUGAAAGAUGUCACUGCCCCUAGCAGAGGACAAAAGCAUGCCUCACUGUUGUCCUUCAGCACCACGGCUAACCCAGGCAUUUGCAAACCCAGUAACAUGCAAGCAGCAGGUGAGAAGCUGACAGGGCACUUUGAUCCCCAAGUCCUCUCUGAAAGUCCAGACAAGAAGGAAGAGGUUAUCAGGUCACCUUCUGCUGAUAGUCUUCUGGCAUCAGGAAACCUGCUUUCCCCAUCAGCCUCAAAGGAGAACAAGAGGGACGAGCCACUAUGGCAGCAGCUGUUUGCACCUUCUCUCCAUGUCAUCUCCAACAGCAUCAGAAUAAUUCAGCCACAGACAGGGGCACAUUCAGAGGUGGAGAGGGCUAGCCUAGGGAGCAGGGAGCGCGUCCAGAGGGCUUGGGAAGGGUUCAGACCCCAAAGUACCGCUUAUGAGAGCUUGUGUGGUGGGGACGUGGGCAACCCUUUGGAGGCAAUGGUUGACCUACAAAGCCAUCAGGGAACUUCCAUCCAAUCUCCCUGGAAAGAUGCCCCUCUCCAUGCAGAAUCUGAGGUAGCAGCAGCUGAAAUGUCUUAUGUGAUGGCGAAUUCUGCUACCCUGUGGCCUACUUUGAGGUCCCAAGGAAGCUUUCACAACAGAAAGCAGCCAGUCUCAUGCGAAACGGACAUAGUUGAGGCUGAAGAAUCACCAUACUUAGGCAGUCCAUUGGCAGCCUUAGACAUCAAACAGUCAGGAAGUCUUCCUGCUCAUCCAAGAUGUGUCCAUUCCCCAGGAUCAGGAGAAAGGAGGGCAAAUCACAAGCAAAACAUGAUGGUCUCUGGAACAGGAGAGGGAGGCAGUAAAGGGAAUGCCUUGCCACAAUGCCCAAAGUUGAAAGGGGCUACCGUGUCUGGGCAGUCUGUAGCCUAUGGUGCUGACAGCAAAUGUCCAAGUCCAACUUCCCUCCUUGAUCAGAAUCUUACCCCAGCAUUUGUUAGGGAAAUGAAGAACUACCCAGAAGGAAGCAUGGUUCAAAAUAACCUAGAGACUUCUAAAAGCAGCAUUAUAUUUAGCCCAUCGGCAUCCCAGGGAGAGGUGGUGACUUCUCCUUCCAGUCCACCAUGCACGUCUCGACAAGGUGCUGCCCGGAUCAAUUCACCGUCUUUUAUCGAUUCUCUGCCUUACGGAAGUAGCAGUCCUGAGAAGCGAAUUCCCCGGUCUGCCUCAGACACCAUGCUUCCGGUUUUCCUGGAGUCUUGCAAGCUCAAUGUAGACCACCAAUCUAGAGGGCCCAACAUACCUUUGGAUCUUAGAGAAGACCAGAGAAAAUCGAGAUUGGCAGCUUCCAACACUGGUUUGUGCAGUAUGGAGAGCCCUGGGAGAGAAGACAUUAAGAAGAAAGUCACUAUCAAGCCUGAAAUGGCUUCUUUCCUUGCCAGGACCUAUUCUGAGAAGUUGGAGAAUCCCCAGGAAAAGCACAAAGCUAGUGAGAAUGAAUGGGAAUUCUCUCCUGUGACUGAGUCAGGGAACUAUGUAGCAGCUAGGAGACUGGAGGCAAUACAUGGAAGUGAAGGCAUUCUUGAGAAUGAGCCUACGGUAGGGUCUCCACAGCUUGCCCAAGGACCACCAUUUCCUAAGGAUCUCAGAGAUCACAGCGUCCCUGUUCCCCACCCGAGGACAAAAGCAGGUAAAAAGUGUAUCCUCAGCAACCUUCCGGUCAGUCUGUGGAAGAAAGAUGAGAAGGAGCAGCUCUCAAGCAACGUUGGCAACACAGCGUGGGACAGAAACCACUACCAUUCAGGAACUAGUGGCCAAGCCAGCCCCCAGGAGUCCGGAGAUAGCCUGAUGACUGAUGGAGAGAUAUCAAGGCCUGAAAGAUUCAGGCCUUGGAAGAGAAACGGUGGCCCUUUUGAUGCUCAGGGACCUCUCCCACUGCCAGAGGGCUCACAGGAGGGUCUGGACACUGGCUCUCACUCUGACAGAAACUCAGCCUCCUGUGUUGCUUUUUCCUUUGUCCCUGAGCAUUCUCCGAAAGAUUUCUCCACCCUGGAGCUCUCUGUAGGAAUUUCCUCCAGGUCUCUACAGGAGCUGAACAUGAGUGUGGAGCCUCCUUCUCCCACAGAAGAGGAGAGUGGUGAGACCGUCAGUGACCUCUCCCCAGAUGAAUCUGAAAUAAUGAUGCUGAUGGAAUUGAGGAAGUUUCCAAGAUCCGCAGCUUGUGGUCAGACAGCUUUAUCGAAUUACAACUCAGAAGCCACCAGUCCACAGCCCUCAGAUUCUGGCACUGCAUCCUACCCAACCUCUUCUACUCUCUUGGCUAUGCCGGUCCCAGAAGGUAGGUCAUCAGACAGCCUGGUAGAGGAGCAGAACCACCAUCCCAGGAGCAAAGGCUGGUUGGCACUGGAGAACGCAGAUGCAAUGCAUUUCAUAUCUAGCAGUAGAAAUCCCUUCCUUCAAUCUUGGCAGCAGGAGGGGCCAGGGAGGAUAGGCUGGAAGCAAUACGUGUUUGGCAGUGCCAGUGACAUCUCCUGCAGCCAGAUUUCAUGGAGUCUGGACACUCAGAGAGCUAUUUGUUGCUCCAGUGUAGACAAUGGCCUGGGCACCCCGAGCUCCCCAUUCCAUUCUCACCUCAGUUCAUAUGCCAACACCCAUGGGCUGUCCAGCACCCUCAGUAGCACUGAGGGUCCUCAGGGCUUAGAAGAAGAAGGGAAGGCGUGCAAGGUUUCUCGUGUUUUUGGGAACCACCGUGGUUUCUCUGAUACCUCCAUAAUAGUACCUUCAGCCAGGACCCCCGACAAGGUGGGCAAGGGCCUGCCUGAGGAUAGCAAACUGUCUCAGGGUGAGAGCACUCUGACAGAGCAGGAGGGUCUCUCGGGGCAGAUGGAUGACACUGGGCCACCAUACCCCACCCAGUCUGAGUCCUGGCCAAAGGCUGGCGUAGCUACCUGUGAGCAAGGGACGGUGACCCUGGCUCCGACCCCACCUCAGCCUCAGCAGGUUCCUGUGCAUUGUCAGGGCUGUGUAGACAUCACUUACCCAAAUUCAGAGGCUGCCGUCUUCAGGUUACACCCACCCCUUGCGUCAUGGGCCAGCAUGCAGAACCUGUCGAUGCACCUUUCCCAGCUCCUUCACAAUACCUCGGAGCUGCUGGGGAACCUUUCCCGUCGGGGGACAGGUGAGAGGGAGCAGAGUGUUAAGGCCGAGGGCCCUGAAGAGGCCCCCAAGACAGUGACGAUGGACAGCAGCACUCAGACCACCAUGGACGUGGGCAUCCAGACCGACAAGGUGGGCCCAGCCCCACAGGAUGUCUCCCUCCAUUCUCCUGGGGACGGCAAGUCAGCCAGUCCUCAGGAAGCCAAUGUGACCCCUCCAGUACGUGGCUCCCUGGCUGGGAUGGAUGCCUCGGAUGUUCCUCAGGAGAAGGUGGAUCACCCCCCUGUGCUUCAGGAGAAGGGGCCUGGAGACACAGCUGAGAAGAAGCAGACUUCUUCCAGCCCUGGUAGCCAGAGGCAUUACCUCAUUGCACAGAACAACCCGGGCACCUCCCACCAUAGUCUCAGUUUUCAGAAACGCUCCCUAGCCCAGGACCCGUUAAGUCUCCAAGCUUCCUCUGCUACCCUGAGUUCCCAGAUGGAUGGAUCCUCCUGCACAGUGGUCACUAGCCCGACUUUGUUCUCUGCGUCCUCUGCCAGAGGCUCAUUUCUUCAGGAUGGAGGGUCCGCUUGUGAGUCCGGGACCCAGAAGAACAAGAAAGCAGGCUUCAGGGGCACCUUGUUGGUAGACAGGGCUUCCUCCCCUAUCCUGACCCUCAGCGCCAACACUCAAGGUUCCCAUUCUUCCUCCUCCUCCUCCAACCCUACUUGCUUCAGGGCUUCUCUUUCUCAUUCCACCAUAUACCAUCAGAAGCCUGGAGCUGCCUGGGUGGCCCCAGCGAACAAUUUUUCCCAAGUCUGCAAUGAAGGGGAGAUCGGGAAUAUUUCUGGAGAUAGUGGGAAGUCCGCAGGAAAGGAACCGAGCAAUGGCUCUCUCCCAUCUAAUCCCUCUGGGGCUUUGACACAGACCCUGUGGCUUCAGGGGAGCUCAGCUUCCACAUGCACAGGACCCUUCAAUCACCCCCAGCAGUUGCAGGUGCGGGCCUCCUUGGGGCUUCUGGGCAGGGAAGGACAGCUGGCUAGUGCAAAGGAAAAGCGCAGCUCCUGGGAGAGGCCUCUGUACCUGUCCCUGCCCAGGACAGGGUUGAGCCCUACCAAGGGCCAGUCAGAAGCCUCAAACACCAGUAACUUUGUGGCGGAGGUGACUUUAGAGGCGGCUAACCCCGUGUUGGUUCGGCUAGCCGGCCAGAGCACAAGUUGGUGUCAGAAGACAGGCACUGAUGUUGAUUCCUUGGAGCAGCCCUUGAAGUCCCCCCCCACUUCAGAGAGCACCUCCUGGAGGGGAGUUCUGAACCAUUGCCAUGGCCCUUUCUCCAUCUCCGAAGUCAGCGUGGCUCCGGGAGUUGGCAGCACAGUCAGGGACACCCGGUCGGAGGUCCUGCUGAGGUCUUGCACCCAGAAAGUCCAGGCUUCCGAACCUAGGCAUUAUAGCCUGAAGGACCUUCCUGUUCAUAACAAGUUCAGCAACUGGUGUGGGGUUCAAGGGAGCUCCUCAGAGGGGACUGUCCCUGUGGAAGAACCUGCGAAUGUUGAUAGCACCUGCUCUGAGAGGAUGGGGGAGAAACCAGCCCAGCCCCAUGAGCCCCUGAGCCUGGUGCCCGAGCAGCUUCAGAGGGAACAGGUACAGGUGCUGGCUGGGGUCCCGUUGGAACGGGGGCCAAAGACCCCGCCCCUCAGUGUGGAGCUGGCUGAAGCCAAGCUUCUCUAUGGCUUUGGAGAGACCGACGCUCUGCUGAGAGUGAUGCAGAGUGGGACGGGCGAGGCUCUGGUCCCCGUCACCCCGACGAGCCCACACCGGGAGGAAAGGUACUUUCGGCACUUGAAGACCGUUGAGGUGAUCCAGAGAGAGCGGUCGGAUAGACUUCAGAACUUUCGUCGGGCCCGCAGCCUCAGCCCUACGAAGCGUCUCAACUUCCUGCCCACCCCAGAAACACUUGUCCGGGAUCCUGACCUGCCUAGCCGUCGGCGAGAAUACCUGCAGCAACUUCGAAAAGAUGUUGUGGAGACCACUAGGAAGCCGGAGCCUGUGUCAGAUGCCAGAGGUCACCAGCUCUCUGACAUAGAGGUGUUGCUCCGAGACUACCAGCGGGCCAGGGAGGAGACCAAGAUGGAGAUUGCUCGAGCGCGAGACCGGCUGCGGGAGCGAGCGGAGCAGGAGAAGCAGCGCAUCCGCCAACAGAUUGUCUCCCAACUACAGCGGGAAGAAGCAAGACUUCACACCCUGGUCAGUGUGAGCACUCUUUGCACCACUAGCUCUAUGGACAGCCUUUCUUCCAGCCCUACCUCCGGCUAUGAUAGCAGCAACCUGACCUUAGCGAGCCAGAGCCAGCCUUCAGAGAAGCAGGGGAAUGCUAACUUAUCUGGCUUCAAAGAGAUGGCUAGAGGAAAUGUACGGGGCCGCUCUGUGGUGAGAAACCAUAAGCUCUACAUGAUGGGUCCUGCACAGAAGAACUUGGGUCACAAGCCUGGAGGCAAAAGCCACCAAGUCUCCUUUGAUGGACCGCAGAAGUCCCUCAUCAGUCAGUCAGAUUCGGACAACUGCCUUUCUACCUCCCCGUGCACCCUCUACCACGAUCUGGUCAAGCACAUCCUGACCAGCACGAUGGCUGAAGUGAUGGCUGCUUGUUCCGACAACCUCCAGAAUCUCUUCAGCUGCCAGGCCACUGCAGGCUGGAAGUACCAGGGGGAAGAAAAGGAUGUGCUGACAUAUUAUAAGGGAUUUCCCUCCGCUACUCGGCAUGGUUUCUUGGGGGCUGGGGUGGUGCCUCAGCCACUCCCUCGAGUUUGGGCAGCUGUGAGGGAUCCUACGAUGUGGACCCUGUAUGACAAGUCCAUCCAGACUGCCCAGUUGUAUCAGAAGGUGACCAGCUCCAUCAAAUUGGUGUACCUGGUCAGCAAUACCUCACUGAGCUGCCUGAAGCAACCUCGGGAUUUCUGCUGUGUCAGCUCUGAGGCCAAAGAGGGACAGCUGACCAUUAUGGUAGUUCAGUCAGUGUAUGACAAGUCAUUGCCACGGCCCAGCAAAAACAUGAUCCGUGGGGAGAUCUUGCCCAGUGCCUGGGUCCUGCUGCCUCACACUGUGGAUGGGAAGGAGGUUACUAAAGUCAUUCAUAUGGUCCAGGUGGAACUGGGGGCUCCAGGCCUCCCCCCUGGGCUGCUGACUCACUGUGCCAAGCAACAGCCAUUGGUAAUAGCAAACCUGGCUUCCUUUCUCUGUGGUUAAUACCAGACCCACAGAGAUGGUUCUACUGAGAGACAGGCCCAGAAGGUGGCCAUGUAAAGACCCUGUAGCAGAUUUAUGGCAGAGUUUACAGCAACAUGGAGAGAGCGACAGUGGGGUGGGGUAGUCAGCAGCACAGUCCAGAAUUGUUGGCAAAUAAACACAUUGCCACAUGUGGCCCCACUGCAGAAUGAGGGGGCCUGAACCUCUUGGCCCUGGCUGUGCAGUGAAGGGACCACUUUUUCCAGACCUACUUACCUCUGCGUCAGUGGCCCAAUCAUAUUUUGUGCCUCAUAAAAUAGUCUCGUCUCUCUCUGCUCCCUUUCCUUACACUCCAACCCCACAGCUGCUCUUCUGUUUGGUUUUUGGGUCAUAUAGCCUGUGGGCCAAUCGUUGGGUCCCACCUAACCGAGUUGGGAGAACUCAGUGAAAGGGUGGGGAAGGGUGGGCUUUUCCUAGUGAGGUGGCAGACUCAGUGACCACAUAAGCUUGUAUUCACGUGGCUGAGCAAAGCAGGUAUUGGCAUCCAAGGCCCUGCUUAAAUCUGCCUCCUACAUUGAAGAGGGAGGGAAGGACUUGUGGUAGGGAUAGGAGUGAGGCCCCUGAGAAACUAGAUAGAACGAGAAGGGCUUUGAGGAACAGACAUGUCCUCACCAGGAAGGCAGUUCAGAAUCCUUUCCUCCAGUCUUAGACAUUCACAGAUUUGUACUAAUUUUGUUCUUUCCUCUCCUCUCGGCCUGCCUUCCCUCUGGCUGAAAAAAACAGCCAGCCCUGACGAUCUUCUGGUUUCCUGUCACCAACAUCCCUCAAGUAGAUGCUCAUUCUGCUGUAAAGCAAUGAGCUUUUAUUAAGGAUCAACAUGGGGCCCUCAAAUAGGCAGAGUGAAGGAGCCCUGACCAGGAACCAGAGGCAUGUCUAGUUGAGAACUCAUUAAAUGGGAAAGGUGACGGAGAGGCUUCACCUCACCUCAUCCCCCAUGUCCCAGAUUCAGCUUUAGUCUGGCUCUACCUACUUUCCAGGGCCAAGCUGAGGGGGAAUGGAAGAGUAGCACUUAUUCUGUCUUCCCCUUUCCUACAUGACUACCUCCCAUUUUGUCAUAAGGGUCAAAGUGGGUAGGCCAUUCCCUUAUUUCAGUACCGAAUAGCUCUUGGUAGCAGAUUAUACUGGGACUAGCCAGAAUGGGGACAAGUGUGGGUAAAGGGCAAGUUCUGUACAGUAUGGCAAAAUUUUAUUUUUUUAAGGCUUUUACAGGCCUCCUUGCCUCACCUCCACACUUUCUCCUCCUCUACUAUAGUUCCAGGUUAAGUUAUUUGUAUUAUUGAUUGCAGGUUUUUUUUUAAAGCUGUUUUUAAACUUUAUUUUUUAAGCAAUACAAUCAACAGUUGAUAUUAAAAUUCUUAUUUAUGUACCACUCUAUCCCCCAUCCCUUUUCAAAUAUUUGUCACUACUAGACUAAUGGCUAUAUUUGGUCAGAAACAUUAGAAAUAUGGGAACUCUGUGUGUGUUUAGAUUAUGAAGGCUAACCUUGUGUUACAUAUAGGCCAGGUCAUGUGACCUGUGAGCUAAGAAUGGUUUUAAGAUAUAUUAAACAUUACAGGUGGCGGGUUAGGUUUGGCCCAAGGAAUGCAGUUUACUGACUGUAGUUCAGGUAGUAGUGUCAAACGGUUGGCAUUCCCCAUAAAGGUCAUUUAGCCCAAUCCAACGAGGGCAUACUGAGGGCCUCUUGUGCAAUGCUUGCCCUGGUCAGUGAUGAAGAGCUGACUUCAUCUGACAAGUCAGUUUACAAUGUUGUCAGAAAUGAGUGGAUGGACCAGUGCCAAUCUACUUUCACAACUGGCAGGGAUUAAAGUUUUUAAAAUGCAAAAAUGAAAUUCAAAAUUUAAAUUCAUUGAAGGAAUAAAAGGUGACAGUAAUUGUGUUAAUCAGAGCCUAUCAGAGCUCUUUGUCAACCUGUUAGUCAUCUGAGUUUCUGGGAAUCAGGAUGCCUGUCUCCCAGGUCAAGGAUACUUCUUGUGGAUGUGGCCACUGCUAGAAAAAAAUAAAGGCCUUUCCCCUUUGGCUGUUAGCUCAGCAAGCUUAA